GCUAAGUCCCAUGGGCUAGCUGCUCUUUUUAAAAGACUUGCCAGAGCUGUUGGCCCUUGCUUAACACCAACAGAAUGCCAGUUCCCACAAUUUCUAGAUGCCUUGGGGAGGUAUCCCCACUUAAUCACUUUUUAAAGUUUGCCCAAUGCCAUUUUUCCCCCUCCGAGUAGAGUAGGUUCAUACAAAUUAUUCUGUUUUGGAAGUAAAAUAUUUUUUCAUGACACUAGAACACAGGUUUAUAAAAGCAAUAAUGCUGAGUCCUUAUCCAUCAAUCAUGUGGAACGUUGGAAAGACUUUACGGCCAGUCAGGAAACCUAGAUUCUAGUCCUGGUCCUUCUUAGGUGAUGUAUGUAUCUUCGGUUCUUUUGGCCCCGCUGCAUCCUGGGCCAUCUCCAGUUGUCCUGAUCCACAUGUAGCCACUGGACGCAGAUGGCUGCAGAGAAGCCGGUGAAGCUGGUGACUGCACAGCCCUCCCCCACUGAAAUCCAAUUCACUUGCAAGGCAUGGCAUCACCUCCCUGAUGUCAUGGUCCUCUUGGAGAACAAAGGACAAACAGGAAGCUUGGUUCCUCGGUAGUGUUGUAUUGACUGCUCAGAUUGUUCUGGUUCUGCUCACUGCCCCCUGCAUCAGUUCACACAAGUCUCCUCGUUUCUCUAGUGAACUGUCCUUUUUGCUAUGUCACACACCACAGCAGUAUCCCACUUCAUUCAGCCACUCCCCACGAACGGACACCAGAUCUGUGCUACGGCAAGAAGCGUUGCUUGUACCGAUGGUUUGGUACGGUUACACGUCCGUUCUGAGGUGAGCCAGAGGAGGGUGCCGACAUGCUCAGACCCAGGUGAUCUUUCCAGAGUCCGAGUGUUUGGCAAAUGGCAUAGAAUCCCAAGGAAGCAAGCCACUUACGGGGACACAGGGUUAACCUACACCUUCUCGGGACUCACCUUAUCUCCAAAGCCCUGGAUCCCCGUCCUGGAGCACAUUCGAGACCGCGUGGCUGGUGUGACUGGACACACCUUUAAUUUUGUACUUGUCAACAGAUACAAAGAUGGCUGUGAUCACAUCGGCGAGCACCGGGAUGACGAGAGCGAGUUGGCUCCGCGGAGCCCCAUCGCGUCCGUCUCCUUUGGAGCCUGCCGGGACUUCUUCUUUAGGCACAGAGAUUGCCGAGGGAAAGCGCCAUCCCGGCAUGUUGCGGUAGUGAAGAUUCAGCUGGCCCAUGGGAGUUUGCUAAUGAUGAACUCCCCGACCAACGUCUACUGGUACCACAGUCUCCCCGUCAGAAAAAGGAUCCUGGCUCCGCGGGUCAAUCUGACGUUUCGGAACAUUCUGCUCUCUGACAGAUAAAUGCUUUUCUUAACUCUCCUAAAGCCUCAUUUUUGUGACAGAAAAAAUCCAUUUUCCUUAUGGCUCUAUGUCAAGGAGGGACUAAUUAGCAUUUCAGACAGUAAACAGCAUGUGAAACAAAGCACAGUAAUCACGCACGACACAAAAUUUAAAGAUGGAACAGCAGGUGUUGAUUUAUUAAAGGACUGUCUUACAUA